CUGGAAUCAUGAAAAUCGUCACUCAUUUUACGUCACUUUAAGUUCACUUUUCGUAACUUCAAUAAUAACUUCACGACUUCACUGUCCUCACGUCUUUACAGACAUUUUUCAAAAAGAACUUUCGAAAAAGUCUCGAUAACUUUGCUUCAAAAAGUUGGAGGUUCAAGACUAAAAAUGACUACGGGUAACGCUAGUUCUGAAAGACAGGAGGAAUACACGCUGCAAUCGACUGGCAUGUCAACGUACCCAUCAAACUUAUAUCAAUAUGAGUUAGAGGCAGACAGAUAGAUAAAAGAGUUGCACCCGUGUGCAUUUUUUCAUUAUUUUGGUCAAGUGAAUGACGGGUUCAGGGGAGAAUACGGGUGUAACACUCGUUUUCCUGGGAACGCUGCUCCCCUGUUUCAGGAAUAGGGACCCUGAUGCAUCCCUACCAUGAUCCACUUCGAGCAGCUCUUUUCUCGACCCAUGGGGGGUCUUGUCAUCACAACAAACAUCAGUUUAUGAAUGAGAUGUUGUGUCAUGUAUAUUCUUCUGCAGUGAAUGGAAUACAUGGACUCAUGCCAAAAACACGUCGCCCGUUUCGUGUGAUUCCUGAAUGAGUUGGCCAGCUGAAUGGAGUUUGGAAGUAGAGCACGGUAAGGUGAAAAAAAAAAUCCUUUUCGGUUUCGAUAACUUUCAAUUCAUUUUAAAAUCUUUCAUCAAUCAGCAACCUGUGGAUUUUCCAGUUUUAAUUUCGCACAUUAAUUUGGUCAUAAUACAGUCGCAUGUAGUCAUAAUACAGUCGCUUGCAAUCGUUAUAAACUCUGUGCAGUCCGAGGUGCAGUCACAUGUAGUAGCGUACAUUCCAUAUACACUCGCGAAAAAUCGUGAGCAGUCGCUGCGAGUAGAGCCUGUAAUCUUGUUAGAAAUUGCUGAAAAGUCAAUGCAAUCAACUAUCAUCUUUGAUGAUGAUGAUCCUUUUAUGUCAAAAGGUCUCACAAUCAUUUUGGCAGACCCACAAUCACCAGGAAAUCUAUGACAAUCCUUGGAAAUCACUGCGAUUUCCAUGGUAAUCCUCAACAGUCACCUCAAAUCAUCGGACAGUCUCACAAAUCGCAGCGACUGCCAGGAAGUCAUAGGAUUGUCGCAAUACGUGUACAUUUUUUGAAGGAGUGGUUACCUUUUAUCCGUGUUAAGAUGUCAUUGAGCAGAAUAUUAGGAUCGAUGCAAAAGAAAGGCUACGCGGUCCAAGUAAUUUUAUUCACCUCAUAGCUAUUAAUUUUCUCACCUAACAGGCACCUGUCACUCUGACAAUCAGAUAAAUCAAAAUUCUAGCAAAGUUAGCACACACAUUUUUUUUUUUUCAAAUUUCCUGUAAUUAUGCAAGCCUGGUGUCAGGACCAGCCACAGCCCACACAGCACAACGAAGACUGAUGCAUUCAAAUACCGCAAAAGCCAUAUGAAGAUGACAAGGGAACAUUAAAUCAAUCUUCCGUUUUUCAUCAUUAUUAUCAAAUUCCUUGCGCCACUUGCGGUGAAACACAUUAUCAGCAAAGCACCACUGUAGUUGGGACUCUACCUCACAAGCAAUCAGCAAUGUCUAGCUACUAUUCAAAUAUUUCUAACAAAGGACAAAAACCCGAAAGGGCUAGUUACUUUUCGACUGUUUCAAAUAGACAAGGACAACCUCCAAGGGCUAGCUACUUUUCAACUUUUUCAAACAAGCCAGCACAACAAGCAAGGCCUAGCUACUUUUCGACUAACAAACAGCCAUCAUAUAACUUAGGCUCACUAUACAAUGGAAGAAAGUCUAUGUUUAAGCGAAAUGGUUUAGAUUGGGAUGAUGACGAAAUUGAUAACAGGCCAAAGAAUUUUGCGCUGCAAACCUGCAAAGACACAGGAGUUGGAGAUUGUCCAAUUUGUCUUGCCAGAAACGUAUGCCAUCAAGAAACAUGUCAACUUUGCUAUGAAGAAAAUGUCUGCGGUCCCAACUUGAAAAACUGCCCCUUCGGCUUAGCAGAGGAAACGCAAACUGAGCUUUGCAAUGAGACAGGAAUCCCGUGCGGCUGUAAAGAUUAUUGCGAAUCAACUGGGGUCCAGUGCAGAUGUAUCAAUAAAAGCUGCAAUACUAGCCAACAUUGUAUGUUAGUAGAUAACCAAUGUGUUUGCCCUUUCACCCAGGAAGAGUGCAGAUGUAUUGACAAAAGUUGUCAAACUACCCAAUCGUGCGUCAUUUUAGAAGAAGGAAGCAUAUUUGAUGGCUUUCAAGACAUACCCGAUGACACUCCUCAUACAACUCCAAGCUUCAGAAGUACUCACGAGGUGAGAAGUGCAGAUCCAAAUAUCAAAAAUGAGUCCACUCAGAUUCAACAAGAAGUUAUUUAUAGUACACCCAGUGGCACCAAAAAACCAACCACUAGUUAUGUUAGUGUUCAAGAAAAGCAUUGUGUGAUUCCUGAGGAAAAUAGAGAUUAUGACGAAGGCACUUUCUUAUGCGAUGCAAAGUUGCAGCAACCAGCUCGUAUAGUUCGCUUAAGCAAAAGCCAGGAAGGAAAAUACUAUCGUAAAUCCUCUGGAAGCUCAUCUGGAAACGAUACUGAUCACUAUUCUAUUACCUUCGAAGGUGAAGCAGAAGAUAGUGAUUCACAUAAGGGUACGAAAAAAAAGUGCAACUGGAUCUCUAAAUGUUUAUACAGAAAGAAAUCUACAUCUAAAACAACUCAAGCGUCCAGAAGUAGUAAAGGCGACAAGAAAACUGUCCAAAAAUCAGAAAUUGUAAUACUAGCACCAAGGAAAAGAUCUGGUACAAAUAAAAUUGAUAACAAAAAGCAAAAACCGAAGAUUUGCCGCAAAAAACAUUCAGGUCCUGAGAGGAUUGUUUGUGUUAAAGAGUGCAGAAUAAAAAGGUCGGACACUUGCAAGAAAAAGCCGCUAUGUAAUCUCACCUGUAAGCAAAUGCCGCCCUGUAGUCCGGAAACUUGCAAGCAAAUGCCGCCCCGUAAAUCGGACAUAUGCAAGAAUAAGUCAACCUGUUGUCCAGGUCCUAGCGAAUGCAAGGAGUGGAACAGAAAACCAAAAAAAUGAAGCUCCCAACUCAUUUGGUGCUUUGCCUUCAUUGUUAUUGUUUUGUAGUUUUGUUGCCAUUGAAUAAAGAUGUUUUAACUGAAUCAUUACAAUAAAAAUUUGAAAAAAAAAACAAAUAAAUAGCCGUAAAACCUUAAGUCACAUCAUUAAAUAACUCGUUCAAACUAUAGUAUGCUUUACUCGUCAGUUUCUUUGCUUCUAUACGAAGCCUCUUUUCAAUGUUGAGCUUUCUGAUCUUUAAAGGGAGUUUAUUAAAUUAUUUUCUGCCUUCAUAUAUGAUAGAGCUACGGAUGAGUUCUCACGUAAUCCGGGCGCGUAUUGUAUUGACUCCUUUAGCUCGAAUUCGCACUUAUAUUUCCUGAAGACGACACAGGCCGUUUCCAGAAUAACAGAGAAUUAGAAUACUGUGGCUUAGAAACAGAGGGCGAUACGAAUCCCGAGGUUUGGCUCCACACAAGUAUCUGAUGGCCAUUUUCUGAAGUAAGAACACUGAAUUAAAAAUAUAGUCAGAGCAAAAGCCCUAGAAGUAGAUUCCGUAUCGAAUAUGGGACUCAAUAAUCGCGAAAUAUACGCACAUUUGGCAAUGGAGAAAUUUAGGUUAUUAGCAACCAGACGGAAUUUUGUUGCAUACUUUUGCAAUAUGGUCUUUAAACUUAAGGGACCUAUCUAUCGACGAACCUAGGAAUGUAUGAAACGUUGGCGUAGUGAUGGGUACAUUUUGUAAGUAGAUAUCCUCAGUAGCACAUUCAAACUUGAGGAUUUUGGUCUUGGAUGUAUUGAAUGUCAGAGAAUUGGCGUCGCACCAGCACUUUAUUUCAAGCAAAUCCGUCCUCAUAUUGGCCUCCAUUCUACCAACAUCAGAAUCAUGCCAGAGGAUAGUGGUAUCGUCUGCAAAGUUUGUGAAUCUACCCGUUAUCUGGAGAUGUGGCAGAUCAUUCAUAUAAAUGAGGAAAAGCGAGGGACCAAGUACCGAGCCCUGUGGGAGCCCCCACUAAUAUCAAGUUCCUUAGAGGUACCACUAUUAAACUUGACAGUCUGAACGCGAUCCGACAGGUAAGAACGAAACCACUCUAGGGCAGUUCCCUGAAACUAUACGCACCCUUAUUUCUGAUAUUACUGGAUAUACAUAUAAGCUCUUUUAUUUCCUGAUACUUUGGUCAAUGAAGUUAUAAAUUUUGAAGACUGUAUCUUCAGAAUAGGUUGGCGAAGGAGAAAAAAAAAUUGUCACAACUCCCCCUUUCCUACGACAGGAGGAAAAGUAACACAGGAAAUUUUUCCGACGAUCAGCCAAGCUUGAGAAACAAGACAGAGAUGGGGAAAGUUAGAGAGAGAGAAAACCUCGGAGAAAACAAAAUAUCAAUAAGCAAAGACAUCAAAUAUGAAGGCCAAGUAAAGCUUUGUGUAUAGUAUCUGCUUACUUCGCCUCAAGAAAAACCGCGAAGGUAAGAUAACCAUCAUCAGGUAAAGUGAAAGUAAAGGUAAAAAUAAGCAAAAUGGUAGAAGAGAAAAAAAAAAGAAAGAAAAGAAUGAGAAGUAAGGAAGCUUUGGCCGUCCUGUGGUGAAAUCUCCUAUAGGUCGUUCCUACCUGUGGUGGGACUCCGUGCCACGUAGAGUUCGACAUAUCGAAACAUAUCGCA